CCCGGCGAUGAAGUGUCACUACGAGGCGCUGGGGGUGCGGCGCGACGCCAGCGAGGAGGAGCUCAAGAAGGCCUAUCGGAAGCUGGCCCUGAAAUGGCACCCGGAUAAAAAUUUGGAUAAUGCUGCAGAAGCAGCUGAACAAUUUAAAUUAAUCCAAGCAGCAUAUGAUGUGUUGAGUGACCCUCAGGAAAGAGCAUGGUAUGAUAAUCAUCGAGAGGCCUUACUUAAAGGAGGGCUUGACGGAGAAUACCAAGAUGACAGUUUAGAUUUGCUUCACUAUUUCACUGUUACCUGUUACUCUGGUUAUGGAGAUGAUGAAAAGGGCUUUUACACAGUGUAUCGUAAUGUUUUUGAAAUGAUUGCAAAGGAAGAAUUAGAAUCUGUACUAGAGGAGGAUGUUGACGAUUUUCCAACUUUUGGAGACUCCCAGAGUGACUAUGAUACGGUAGUCCACCCUUUCUAUGCUUAUUGGCAGAGUUUCUGUACUCAAAAGAAUUUUGCCUGGAAGGAAGAAUAUGAUACACGGCAAGCUUCAAACCGCUGGGAAAAGCGAGCUAUGGAAAAAGAAAACAAAAAAAUUCGAGACAAGGCCAGGAAAGAGAAGAAUGAGCUUGUGCGCCAGCUGGUAGCUUUUAUUCGUAGAAGAGACAAGAGAGUACAGGCUCAUCGGAAGCUUGUAGAAGAACAGAAUGCUGAGAAGGCCAGGAAGGCUGAAGAGAUGAGGCGGCAGCAGAAGCUCAAGCAGGCCAAACUGGCUGAGCAGUACAGAGAACAGAGCUGGAUGACCAUGGCCAGUAUGGAGAAGGAGCUGCAGGAGAUGGAGGCACAGUAUGAAAAGGAGUUUGGAGAUGGAUCAGAUAAAACUAAAAUAGAGGAACAUGAGCUCAAAGAUGGACAGGAUGGUAAAGACAGUGAUGAGGCCGAAGAAGUUGAGUUUCUUGAUGAUCUUUACUGCCCAGCAUGUGACAAAUCUUUCAAGACAGAGAAGGCCAUGAAGAAUCAUGAAAAGUCAAAGAAACACCGGGAGAUGGUUGCCUUGUUGAAACAACAGUUGGAGGAAGAGGAAGAGAAUUUUUCAGGAUCUCAAGUAGAUGAAAAUCUAUUGAAUGCCAGUUCUGAGGAAGACAUGGAAGAUGUACCAAAGCAAAAACUUUCUAAAAAACAGAAGAAAAAGAGACAGAAGCCAGCACAGGAUCAAGUCCUGGAAGGGAAAAUGCUGGAGUAA